AUGAAAAGCAUACAGAUAACUAAACAAGAAGUAAGAAACGAUAAGGAGUGCACUCCAGGACACCAGAGCUUGUCUUUGCCCAAUAAACCCGUUUGUUGGCCAAGUCGAGAUAAGUCUUUAGUUAAACUCCGGCAAUCGAAAGACAGUGCUCCUUUCCUAGGACGCAAUGCUAGACAUAGCACUAGAACUACUCCUUUAAUGACCAAUGCUUCUACUGCCAAGCUAUCUCACUACCAUGCGAUUAUAUCCAAUUGGACUGUAAUUAGAUUGUGUGUCUUGUUAGUACUGUUGUUGCAUUGGGUUAGUAUAGUGAGUGGUUCGAGUAUGGAAAUAGAUUGGCAGGAUUUGCCACGUUCAGAGGAUGUACUUAGAUCUCUAAAAGAGAUUGGGUUCGAUCUAUUUAAUGAGGUUCCGCGUAGAUGGAUUAUACUCCAUCCAUCCCUGGAAGCUUUAGAGUUCACACACACUCCGGGUGUCACUAGCGAUGUCAAUCCUGACUCGGCCCAACCGAACUAUAGACAGAACCAAGCGCCUAGGUAUGCGAUAGACUGUUUAAGUGAGACAAUUCGCUAUACACUACCAAAUGAUUCAGAUAUGCUUACAAAAGCUUUGAAUGAGUUGAAAAGAAUUACAGUGAUUAAGGCUAAUGACGUUAUUAUCAAAUAUUUCGAACCGGAUACUAACGGCCAGCAAGAGAAGUUGAUCCUUUUGUGCCGACUUCUUAACAUGUUUGAGUGUAGAGAGCUGCAGUUGAUAGUUGAUUGCGAUAAAAUCCACAACUUAGAUAAAUAUAAAGAUGGUUUUGAUUCGGAGCUGUGUUGGGAAGAGGCUGACGAUACCAUUAGGUUUGCUGGCUCGGCGCCAUUUUGUUUGGGGAUUAUGUCAGCUAUCCCAUCGGAUCUCUUUCUAACGUAUAUAUUUGAGCGCCUCGUUAUAUUACGGCGUGUUUCGCAGUUUAGAUUGCCUAUAAUGUACCUCCCAGAUCUCUCUAUAUAUCUUAUACCUUUAUCACUAUCAGAAAAAUGGUGUCUCGAAAUCUGUUAUCGCCAAGAAAAGAUUGAUAUUGAUUUGAAAUCCAUUCAACGUGAUGCUCAAGGCUGCGACAAGGUCAUCUUCAACAUCGGCCAUAUCAAUCCCCCAAUGGCAGUAACUGGGCUUGAGAAAGUGCCUACAGAAGGUCCAACCAUAAUGUUAGUUGGAUCUUGGUUUGCUAUUCGAUAUCUUGCAAUAUACAAUAAGACCCCAAUCAAUGUUCAUGCUUUGUCAUACGAUGCCUAUAAGUUGAAUCAUGAAUUUGCCUUUGCUGAUAACAAAGAACUUCCAUCACCUUCUGAACUCCGUGUCUUUGCCGACAGGUUUAUUUACAGAGUCUCGUGUGCUGGGUCCUGUGAUUUCGUAUCUUACUACAAAGAAUUAUUGGCCCCGAAGUCCUUUGCUAAAUAUGGCAUUUCUGUUGAAUCAGUCGAGUUUGAGUAUGCUUAUGGCCGAGAUGACUUCUUUCUGGGGUUAGAAAGCCUUUGCAAGAUACAAGCUUUAUCAAACUUCCCAUUGAGUCCUAACAAUAAGAAGAUUGUGUGUCUUGGACCUGCACUUAGUGACCCCACGUGGGAGCUUGAAGAGCCGGUCAAUAUCAACCUUAGCAACCCCCAACUUCAGUUCGCCUGCCAGAAUAUACGCUACACAACACUUAGUAUUAGUGGCUAUAAAAGGACUUACCAGCAAGAGCCUGGCCAGAACCUGACCCGCUGUUGUAUUGAGCUUCUCAACAAAUUACGAAGUAUCAAUGCACAAGAGUUGUGUAUCUCAAAUGUGCAUGGUGAGUUUUCAACUAAUAUUGACUUUAAUCUGAAGUUGUCCCAAACUUGCUUAGAUAACUCUCACAAAUUCAAUCUCAAUGUCAGGACCUUGAUUCUAGAUAAUGUCGAUGAAUUCAUUUUAUACCGAAUGCUAGGUUGCUAUGAGUUUACUUGCUCAAAACUAACCGAAAUUCAUAUUAUAAACCACCGCCUUGCUAACCUUGCCAUUGUCCAAAUAUUAGCUCUUCCCAUGGCUGAAAAGAUCUCCAAGCUCAUAAUUAAUGGCAUCACUUGUCUAAAUGAGGUCAAAUAUUUCCUCAGGCGAGAGAGAUUGAAGGGAUUCUCAUUUUUUGACUAUGUUAAUGACCAUAAUGGGAAGGAAACAACACAAAAACUUGGCCUCCACAAACUCGUCCUAGCUCCUGAACCCGUCCUCUUUGGCUCGUAUAAGAGAGCUUUAGAUGCUCUCAAUUAUCUUAACAUCAAAAUGUUAGUCCCGUCUGACAAAUACAACCUAAACCCGCCUUACCCCGACCAACCUUAUAUGAUAGAUAUGAAAGGUCUCACUUAUUGCAUUACUACCCUUGCUGCCUUAGAAACCGAUCUUACUGAAUGUCAACUCACUCAAGAUGGCCCAACUCCAACUCCAAACAUAACCCAGUCUGAUUCUAUUACCAAACUGUUCUUACACUUACGUGACAAUGAAUUCUUAACUGCAAGAGAUUUUGAAAUUAUUCGUUGUUGGGCAGCCUACCGAUGCAAAAACCUAACAACUCUCUGGCUGGCUAAAGUUAAACUGACCGAACAAGACCGACAAGGACUGUAUUCGUGCAAAUAUGUGUUCGGCAAUCUACCAUAUCUUCAUUCCGUUCAGAUCGAGGACAUCACUCCUAAGAAUGGUCCGAUUGUGCUCUCAUUCGGUUUAUGUCGUAAUCUUUAUCAUCAAACUAGUCAACCUUCUGAAUCUCACUGUACUUCUUAUCGCUGCAAUGUCGUGUAA